AUGCCAAACCUCAUUCUCCGGCAAAUCCUCAGCGCCCUCCUGCCCAUCAUGGUGCUCUGCCCGCUCAUCUGCUCAGUCGCCACCAUACUGCUGCACGCCUGGAUCCAGAUCCGAGAGCGGCGCGCGCAUCUAUCCCGCGCACGGGACAGCGCCAGCCUCGUCAGCGUCGAUGAUGUCGAGUUAGAGGACCUGGACGCUGAGGGGAAGAAGGUCGAUGCUGGGACGGAGGUGGGUGAUGAGGAUUGUUCGAAUUCGAGUGAGCGGGGUGAAGGCGAUGAGAUGGAUGAGUUGGAGGAUGUGGAGUUGGAUCGGGAGAGGGAUUGGGCGAUGAGGUGGGUGCAGGGGUGGGAUUAGGUGUGGUGUGCUGGGGCGGGCGGGCGGUUGGGAGGCCUGGGUGGAUGUGGGAAGAGGGGUUCAGGGGAGCACACAAUAAUAUUAGGUAGAACAAAUCUUGGAAAUUGACACUGGCCAUGGAAAUCGCGCAGCAGUGACAAAUAUUCUGC